AAGUUUUGGCAAAUCUCUAAGUCAUAUCUCGUUUGAUUUGCUAAAAGUAUCUUACAAAAUGAUAAUAAUAAUUAAAAUCGUCAUUCCAUUGGAAUUUACUGAGCGCCUUUUUGAAGGCUUGAGUCAUGAUCAUCAGUUGCAUUUGGCCCUAAGCAAUCCAGUUUACGCGCACGUUUUUGCCAAUUACUGUAAGCAAAAGUACACAACUCUAGACCUCGAUAAAUUCGAACAUGAGGCUCAAUAUCUGUCUCAUAUUAUACCCAUUUGUGGUUCCUCCGUGGAAGAGAUAACUGGCGAUUCAUGUCGCUACUCAAAUCUGGAACUCAUUCAGCAGCAUUGUACCAAUGUAAAAUCGAUUACACUAGCCGUAGGCAAUUUGUCGCACUAUACUUUUGUGCAAAACAUGAAGAGCAUCACUACUUUGAAUUUGUUUCUGCACUACGAUGAUCCUGCCAUAUACGAUGUCCUGCAGGAACUGCCUCUUCUGACGGCCUUGUUACUGACACCCUUUUCCGAGACAUAUAUUGACAAGAUUCUGCGAUUGGUUGAUCUGGAAAUGUUGUGCCUUGGAUACGGCAAGAAAGAGUGCCCUCUCAACAUCAUCCAGAUAUGCAACACAUUCAAGAAACUAAGCUUUUUGGUUAUCCAAACUGGUGAAAUAACUGGCGGGACUUUGAUUCAAACUCACUCAUAUUCCACUCUUCGAAUGGUUUCCUUAAGUGCCGACAAGGUCGCCCAUUUGCCAUCCUUUCCAAAAGCUAUAUUCUUGAGCAUCGGUGGCGACUCAUUUAGGGCCAAGUAUGACUGGAACAGUUGGAUCAUGAAGCAUGCAAAUACAGUCCUGGCCCUGGAAAUAGGUACUACUAAAAAUGCCAUUGUGGCAAUUGAAAGCUGCAAAGCAUUGCGGGCUUUAAAGGUAUUAAUCUGGUCUGCUGAGGCCAGCGAGGGUUACUUAAGCAGCCUUUUAGAAGUAGCUCGUCGUAAGGGCUGCUCCUUGGAAUUGGUUGUGAAUUGUCUGCUGGGCUAUUUAACCGUAAGCAAAGUGUUGAAGGACACCCCAAAUACUGAUUUUGCAUGGGUAACCAUGACUUGCUAAUGCUUUACCUUAAAAUAUUGAUUAAAAAGCUGGAGCCCAA